AUGCUUAUAGAUGACGACUGCUUAAUGGUACCUUACCAGAUUGGCGAUGUGUUCAUUAGCCAUUCUCAAGAAGGAAAGCAAGAAAUGCUGGAAGAAGCAAAGGAAAAUUUGAAAGAAGAAAUUGACGCCUUAGAAUCGAUAGUAGAAUCGAUUCAGCGGGCGUUAGCUGAUUUGAGAGUUCAGUUAUAUUUAUAUGUAAAAUUUGGCAGCAAAAUAAACCUUGAGGCUGAUAAAGUUAAAUAUUUUAUAAGUCAUUUUUAAUUUGCUUAAUAAACUUGAAUAUUGUCUAAAAUGAUAAUUUCCCUUCAAAUGACAUGGAAAAGAAAAGUUUCUUUUUUAAAAAUUUUCAUUUAUUUAAUGG